AGGAUAGAAAGCCCCACCUUUCGUUUCCCUCUUUUUUAUUAGCCAUAAACUCACAAACAGGAAGAGUGAAGUGUGUGUGAGAGACCCCUAUCCCCUCCCUCACCAGCAACAACAACAAUAACUUCAUUUCAGUUACACUAUAGCUCUCUUGUUUCUUCAUAUAUGCAUACAAGCCACCCAUUCAAAGGUGUGGAACAGAUGAUCUAAUCCUUGUAGUUCACAAACCUUAGCAAUCCCAAAUAUCAAUCAACAUGGCUCCAAUGGUUUCAAUUGCAACUACCAUUGUAUCAGUUACUCCAGGAGCUGUCCUUCUCACAAGAAGGAAUCAAUGUUUAUCAAAAUACAAUGUUUCACGAAAAUCCAGCAAGCAGACUUUACCUACCCCAAAAUAUAUCCUGCCUCUGUCAACAUCUAUUAAAUUGUUUCCCCAUUUUAGAGUUGGUUGCAUUUUACGACCUAAAUUAAGAGGUCUUGUAGUAUCAGCAACUGAGACUGAUGUAGCAGUGGAAGAAGUAGAAGCAACUGCUACAGAUGAUGGAUCAGGUGAAGUCUCAGAAGCUUCAUCUGAUGCUGCUGAAACAAGUCAAGAAUCCUCCAUAUCAGAUGUGAGUCCUACAUCUGUUCAAUCUAAGCGUUCAAGACCUGCUAGAAAGAGUGAGAUGCCUCCUGUGAAGAAUGAAAACCUUAUUCCAGGUGCAACUUUUACUGGAAAGGUCAGAUCGAUACAGCCAUUUGGUGCUUUUAUUGAUUUUGGAGCUUUUACGGAUGGACUGGUGCAUGUUUCUAGGUUGAGUGAUAGUUUUGUAAAGGAUGUAGGAAGCAUUGUAUCUGUUGGACAAGAGGUUACAGUGAGAUUAGUUGAAGCAAACACUGAGACAGGGCGCAUAUCUCUCACCAUGCGUGAAAGUGAUGAUCCUAGUAGGCCACAGCAACAGAAAGAUACUCCAACCAGUAGCGACAGACCCCGAACUCAAAGGAAGAGCACACAAAGGAACAACCAAAGGAGAGAUGAGAAAGUCUCAAAGUUUGUCAAGGGGCAAGAUCUUGAGGGCACUGUAAAAAAUCUAACCAGGUCUGGUGCUUUUAUAUCUCUUCCUGAGGGAGAGGAAGGAUUCCUGCCAGCAUCAGAGGAAACUGAUGAAGUGUUUGGAAUUAUUGACAGUGGCUCUUCACUACAAGUAGGCCAAGAAGUUAAUGUCCGUGUAUUGCGCAUUGCCAGAGGACAAGUAACUUUGACCAUGAAAAAAGAAGAAGCUGCUUCAGAGUUGGACUCAAAGCUCAACCAGGGUGUUGUCCAUUCGGCGACAAACCCCUUUUUAUUGGCUUUCCGUAGCAACAAAGAGAUCUCUUCAUUUUUGGAUGAGAGGGAAAAAGAAGACGAACUAGCUGAACAAUCAAAGGAAGAUGCACAGGAAUCAGAUGUGGCGACUAAUAAAAUGGAUGUGUUGCCUGAAACUACUAGCAAAGAGGAAGAAUCAGUCAAUGCUGCAAAUGAUGGUGUUCCAGAAACUAUAAAUGGGGAGGAUACGAAACAAAACGUUGAUGAAGAAGUGGAGUCAGCUCCUGAAGGAAGCACAUCCACGAUUGGUCAGCAAGCUGAGGUGUCACCUGUAGGAGAUGCUGAGGAAACUGAAGCUGAAACUGGCUCAUAUGAGCAAGCAGCUGAUCAGAUCUCAGCAUCUGAAACUGUGGUGGGCGAGGAGGUCGUGGAGAAACUAACUGAUGAUAAUAUAGUGGAAAAUGAGGUUGCAACUGAAAUACCAAGUGUCAUAGAGGCUGUCAAAGAAACAGAGGAAACCAGUGCCGAUGAGAAUGAUAGUAUAUCAAGCCCAACUGGGCAAUCUGAAGCUCCUUUGGAGAAUAGCAAGGAUGAAGAAAGUCAGGAAGGUGCUGGAGUUUUAGACACUCAAGUUGAAAGUGCUCCUUCCAUAGGGGAACAGUCAUCUGAUACUGCUGCUCAACAGGAAGAGGGUUCUCCCAAUACUGAUCAAGAUAUUGUGAACUCAAGUGAACAAAAUGGGACUGCUUCAUCAAAUGAAGCCGCAGCAAAAGCUAUUUCACCUGUUCUUGUGAAACAAUUGCGUGAAGAGACAGGAGCAGGAAUGAUGGACUGCAAGAAGGCUCUUACAGAAACUGCAGGUGACAUUGUUAAAGCGCAGGAGUAUCUCAGGAAAAAGGGGUUGGCAAGUGCUGAUAAGAAAUCAAGUAGAGCUACAGCUGAAGGCAGAAUUGGAUCAUACAUCCAUGAUAGCAGAAUCGGUGUCCUGGUAGAGGUUAACUGUGAAACAGAUUUUGUAUCGCGUGGUGACAUUUUCAAGGAAUUAGUUGAUGACUUGGCCAUGCAAGUGGCUGCAUACCCUCAAGUGCAGUAUCUUGUUCCAGAAGAUGUGCCAGCGGAGAUCAUCAACAAGGAAAGAGAAAUCGAAAUGCAGAAGGAAGACCUAUUAUCAAAACCUGAGCAGAUCAGAUCCAAGAUCGUUGAUGGGCGGAUAAAUAAGAGGCUUGAAGAUCUGGCAUUACUGGAGCAGCCUUACAUCAAGAAUGAUAAGAUGAUCGUAAAGGACUUGAUCAAGCAGACAAUUUCAACGAUUGGUGAAAACAUCAAAGUGAAGAGAUUUGUGAGAUACAACCUGGGAGAAGGUCUUGAAAAGAAGAGCCAAGACUUUGCUGCAGAGGUGGCUGCUCAAACAGCAGCUAAACCUGUCUCCUCGCCAGGAAAAGAGCAACCAGCUGUUGAAGCCAAGGAGACUACUGUUGAGCCUCCGAAAGCAGCAGUUUCAGCCACUUUGGUUAAACAGCUGCGAGAAGAAACUGGCGCUGGGAUGAUGGAUUGCAAGAAAGCCCUCUCUGAAACUGGAGGGGAUCUUGAGAAGGCACAGGAAUACCUCCGAAAGAAGGGUCUUUCAACUGCCGAUAAAAAGUCUAGCCGACUUGCUGCUGAGGGGAGAAUUGGUUCGUACAUUCAUGACUCUCGCAUUGGAGUGCUAAUUGAAGUUAAUUGUGAAACCGACUUUGUCGGGAGAGGUGAAACAUUUAAGGAGUUGGUCGAUGAUUUGGCAAUGCAAGUUGCAGCCUGCCCACAGGUGCAAUAUGUAUCUAUCGAUGAGAUUCCAGAAAGCGCUGUAAACAAGGAAAAAGAGUUGGAAAUGCAGAGAGAAGACCUUAAGAACAAGCCUGAAAAUAUAAGGGAGAAGAUUGUUGAGGGCAGGGUCUCCAAGAGACUUGGAGAGCUUGUUCUUUUGGAGCAGCCUUUCAUAAAAGAUGAUAGUGUUCUUGUGAAGGAUUUGGUAAAGCAAACUGUUGCUGCUCUUGGGGAGAACAUAAAAGUUAGGAGGUUUGUUCGAUUUACUCUAGGUGAGGAAGCCAAAAAAGAAGGAAUAAUUGAGGAGCCAGUUGCUGUAUGAAGCUAACUCUAACUUGAGAUGAGCAAGCAUAGGAGGACUCCCUACUUGUGGGAUGAAACAAGUUUUAAAUCUUGGGGUGGAGCUAUUUUUGUAUAAUGUAGUCCAUACUUGAUGUACUGUGAGGUGAUUAGUUUUCUUCUUUUUUACUUUCUUUUAGAUUUUCUGGUCAUGUAUCUGUUAUAUUUUCAUCAGAAACUAGGAGUUUCGGAAGCCAUUUUAAAGCAAACAUGUAAAAGAGAAUCUUUUGAUUAAAGAGACGUUUUUCUG